GAACCCAGUAAAAUAGCAACUCCUCUUCAGUUCGAUUCUUUUCUCAAGCAGGACGGCGAGACUCCGGAAGCUCCGAGCCCAGCUUGCCAGGCCCUCUGCUAGAGGCCUGCCAUGGCACCUCUGAGGCCCUUUCUCAUACUGGCCCUGCUGGCAUGGGUUUCCCUGGCUGACCAAGAGUCAUGUAAGGGCCGCUGCACGGAGGGUUUCGUGGCCGACAAGAAGUGCCAGUGUGAUGAGCUCUGCAGUUACUAUCAGAGCUGCUGUGCUGACUACAUGGCACAGUGCAAGCCCCAAGUGACUCGGGGGGAUGUGUUCACUAUGCCGGAAGAUGAGUACUGGAAUUAUGACUACCCGGAGGGGACCAAGAACGACACCAGCACCCAUGUACAGCCAGAGAACACUUCUCUACACCCUGACCAACAAGCCCAAACUGAAGGGACUUCAAAGCCGACAUCUUUCCUAAAGCCCAAGGAACAGGCUCCUACACUGGAGGCAAGCAUCUCAGAGCCAGAAGUGGGGAACCUGGAGGUGAGCCCAAGUCCUGAUACCACUGACUCCCUAGAGGAAGAGCUGUGUAGUGGGAAGCCCUUUGACGCCUUCACGGACCUCAAGAACGGUUCCCUCUUUGCCUUCCGAGGGCAGUACUGCUAUGAGCUGGAUGAAACGGCAGUGAGGCCUGGGUACCCCAAACUCAUCCGAGAUGUCUGGGGCAUCGAGGGUCCCAUUGAUGCUGCCUUCACACGCAUCAACUGUCAGGGGAAGACCUACCUUUUCAAGGGUAGUCAGUACUGGCGCUUUGAGGAUGGUGUUUUGGACCCUGGUUAUCCUCAAAACAUCUCUGAUGGCUUCAGCGGCAUACCAGACAAUGUCGAUGCAGCUUUUGCCCUUCCUGCCCACCGCUACAAUGGCCGGGAGAGGGUCUACUUCUUCAAGGGGAAGCAGUACUGGGAGUAUGUGUUUCGGCAGCAGCCCAGCCAGGAGGAAUGUGAAGGCAGCUCUCUGUCAGCUGUGUUUGAGCACUUUGCCUUGCUUCAGCGCGACAGCUGGGAAGACAUCUUUGCACUUCUCUUCUUGGGCAGACCCUCUGACGGUGUCAGAGAACCCCAGUUCAUCAGCCGGGACUGGCAUGGUGUGCCAGGAAAAGUGGACGCUGCUAUGGCUGGCCGCAUCUACAUCGCAGGCUCCGCACCCCACUCCCUGCAGGCCAAAAAAAAGAAGUCUAGGCGUCGCAGCCGAAAACGCUAUGGUUCCCGCAAGGAGGGUGGCCGCCGCAGCCGCAGCCGCAGCCUGAGCUCCCGUCGCUCAUCGCGUUCAGUCUGGUUCUCUUUGUUCUCUAGUGAAGAGAGCGGGCUAGACGCCUACAACUAUGACUAUGAUAUGAGCUGGCUCGUACCUGCCACCUGCGAGCCCAUUCAGAGUGUCUAUUUCUUCUCUGGAGACAUGUACUACCGAGUCAACCUUAGAACCCAGCGAGUGGACUCUGUGAACCCUCCCUACCCACGCUCCAUUGCUCAGUACUGGCUGGGCUGCCCAGCCCCUGAAAAGUAGGAGCCAGAGCCCACAUAACAGAGCCUGGAGAAACUCAUCUUUCAGCCUUUUCUUCCCAGCCCAAUAAAGUCUGUUGGCCCUGA